AUGUUCAAGAGCGGUCUCGCCCGGUCCUUUGGGAGGGCUGCUUUUGCCCGGACGACCCCCGUCGCCCGCGCCUUCCAGCCCAUCCGCUCCAAUGCUCUCCCGGCUCUCACUGCCCGUUUCGCUAGCUCCGAUGCUUCCUUGACCGGCAAGGUUUACCAGGUCAUUGGUGCCGUCGUUGACGUGAAGUUCAGUGGCGAGAAGCUCCCUGCCAUUUACAACGCCAUUACCACCACCAACAACGGCCAGAAGCUCGUUCUGGAGGUUGCUCAACACUUGGGUGAGAAUGUCGUUCGUACUAUUGCCAUGGACGGUACCGAGGGUCUCUCCCGCGGUGUCAUUGCCACUGACACUGGUGCUCCCAUCACCAUCCCCGUCGGCCCCGCUACUCUCGGCCGUAUCAUCAACGUCACUGGUGACCCCAUUGAUGAGCGUGGUCCCGUCAAGGCCACCAAGUUCCUUCCCAUCCACGCCGAUCCCCCUGCUUUCGUCGACCAGUCCACCUCUGCCGAGAUUCUUGUCACCGGUAUCAAGGUCGUCGACUUGCUCGCCCCCUACGCCCGUGGUGGUAAGAUUGGUCUGUUCGGUGGUGCCGGUGUCGGUAAGACCGUGUUCAUUCAGGAGCUGAUUAACAACAUUGCCAAGGCCCACGGUGGUUACUCCGUGUUCUGUGGUGUCGGUGAGCGUACCCGUGAGGGUAACGAUCUGUACCACGAGAUGCAGGAGACCGGUGUCAUCCAGCUUGAGGGUGAAUCCAAGGUCGCCCUUGUCUUCGGUCAGAUGAACGAGCCCCCCGGUGCCCGUGCCCGUGUUGCCCUGACUGGUCUGACCAUUGCCGAGUACUUCCGUGAUGAGGAGGGUCAGGAUGUGUUGCUCUUCAUUGACAACAUUUUCCGUUUCACCCAGGCCGGUUCCGAGGUGUCUGCCCUUCUGGGUCGUAUCCCCUCUGCCGUCGGUUACCAGCCUACCCUGGCUGUUGACAUGGGUGUCAUGCAGGAGCGUAUUACCACCACCCACAAGGGUUCUAUCACCUCCGUCCAGGCCGUCUACGUGCCCGCUGACGAUCUGACUGAUCCUGCCCCCGCUACCACCUUCGCUCACUUGGACGCCACCACUGUGUUGUCUCGUGGUAUCUCCGAGUUGGGUAUCUACCCCGCUGUCGAUCCCCUCGACUCCAAGUCCCGUAUGCUUGACCCCCGUAUCAUCGGUGACGAGCACUACCACACCGCCACCCGUGUUCAGCAGAUGCUCCAGGAGUACAAGUCCCUCCAGGAUAUCAUUGCUAUUCUCGGUAUGGAUGAGUUGUCUGAGGCUGAUAAGCUCACCGUCGAGCGUGCCCGUAAGCUCCAGCGUUUCCUGUCCCAGCCCUUCGCUGUCGCCCAGGUCUUCACUGGUAUCGAGGGUACCCUUGUUGACUUGAAGGAUACCAUUUCCUCCUUCAAGGCCAUCAUUGCUGGUGAGGGUGACGACCUCCCCGAGGCCGCCUUCUACAUGGUUGGUGACAUCAACGCUGCUCGCGCCAAGGGAGAGAAGAUUCUCGCUGAGCUUGAGAACAAGGCCUAA